GUUUUGUAUGGGGGUUUUUUUUAACAAAAAAAGAAAACUGUGAAAUUCUUUUUUUUUGCACUCUAAGUGCUUGCUGAGAUGCCUUUUUGAUAUAUAAAAUGACUUUGAUUGUAAAUUAUUGUUGAUUGGUAAGAAAUAACUGCCUUAUAUGAACUUGGUGUGUAAAUAAUUGUGUUAUUUUGAUGUCAGACAUUUCUUUGCAAAUGAGAUACAAGUAUUAACUAAUGAGCUUGAGCUUUUGUAUUGGUCUUACUAAUAUGUUGCUUUGAGUGUGUCUCAGUUGAACUACAGUCAAAACAGUUUUUUCCAUUGGUUUGUAAUCGGUACAGGUUUAUUGUGAAUCUGAAUCUUUAAAAUCAGUACAGUUUCUUCUUGUUGUAACUUCCUUUUCAUACGAAUAAAGUAGAGCACAAGAAAUUAGCUAUAACCGUUUCAGGGAAUAGUCAAGGGUAUUCUAAUAAAAGGCGACAGGAAGGACAUCCCUGAGGACGUUGUUUACGUUUUGUUAAUGCAUCGAUUUGUCAUGACUUGUUCCGUUCCAAGCGCAUGCGCAGUGAACAGUCUUCUUCACAAUGCAGCCCAAGAUCGCCGAGAGGAACAGUUUCAAGUGUAAAAGAUAGAUGCAUUCCAGCACAUAGUUCACUGUGCUUCAGCAGGGAAAAAUUGCUGUCAGCCAAGGGUAUGUUGGAAAGUUCAGACUCUCCAUCCCAUGGAAGGAACUUUGCUUGAGGGUGUUGGAAGACUCACUCAUAGACUGUAUCUACCUUGCCAUCAUUGUUCAGGAUGGCGGAACAGGCAGUCACCGAGCUAAGGAAUGGGGAGGAGGAUAAACACAAGGAAUUGCUCCAAGCAGAAGUGCAGGCUCUCAUGAUGAGUGUGCCUUCUUUACCCAAAAUCAAUGAGGCUAACAUCCCUUCUCUUGACAGUCCAUGUCCCUCACAUUCAGAGGAAAUCGCGACCCGACAGAAUUCAGGUUUGGGGGAUGUACACCACAACAGCUCAAGUCCGACGCAGGAGAAUAUUAGGAAAACAGACCUGGAGGAAAUGGACUCCUUUAACCUGAUUGAGCCCCCUCCCUUGGACUGGAGGUCAGACUCCUCGAGUGAAGCAGGGUGCGUUGGAGAAGCUGACAGUGAAGGCUUUCUUCAAACAGACUCAAUUGACAUGUCAGAGGAUCCGCCGAGCGAGGAUGGAUCUCAGUUGGCCACAUCUAUUCCUGAAGCGCCUUUGCUCCCAUACCAGGUAGAUUACAGGAACAACGGUGUGGGACAGGCAUUCAAACCAAGUGAAAAGGAGGUGUCACAGGAUGACGUGUUAAAGGGACAAGAGGAGGAGCAUCAGCAAGAAGAGGAGAAGCAUCAGCAGGAAGAGGAGAAUAAAGAACAGGAGGGCACAGUGAAUGAGCAGUGUGGUCAGCACGACGUGGACCACUCUCAAAUACACACGCUGCUAUCCCACCUCCAGCUCAUUAGUCCAUCCCCCGCCUACGACAGUCCCAGCCCAGAGCCCGCUCAGACCCUCUUGGACCGCUCAGAUUUGAGAGCUGACUUACCUUAUGACACGCGGCCCAACCUGGGCACUGUGGGUGAGCCGCAAGCUGAAGGCACUGCUGCCUCUGGACUGCUCUUCACAGAGAGCCACCAGAGGGACCUGCUGGGGCUGCUGGAGACCCCCAGCUCUCCAGAGGAGAGGCCUCAGCUCAGCCUGCCAUGCCUCAGCUACGGGCAUCUCAGCACUGGGGUGGAUGCAGUUGUCUCUGUCUCUUACAGCCAGGAGGAUGCAGAGAGGUACUGGGAACAGACCCGUGCGCAUGAUGAAGCAGGAGACGAGAUCCAUGCUUUGGAUGACUCAGGGGAUGAUGCUUCAGGUUUGCUGUGGCAAAGGAGGGGAGAGCCACCUGCUGAAGAGGAGGGAGAGGACUUUGCAGCCAGAUGCCCAGAUAUGGAUGCUGAAGCUCGGCCUGCCUAUAAAGAUGUGCCUGGUCCAUGUGACCCAGAAGACCUGCUGGAUGGGGUCAUAUUUGGGGCUAAGUACCUGGGCUCUACACAACUGCAGUCAGACAAGAACCCCUCGACUAGUGCCCGCAUGGCUCAGGCGCAGGAAGCUGUGGAGAGGAUCAAGGCUCCAGAGGGAGAGUCCCAGCCUAUGACAGAGGUGGAUCUUUUCAUCUCCACACAGCGAAUCAAAGUGCUCAAUGCUGACACACAGGAGGCCAUGAUGGACCACUCUCUGCAGAUGAUCUCUUACAUCGCCGACAUCGGGAACAUCGUGGUGCUGAUGGCACGUAGGAAACCUGUGGGCCGGAAGGACUCCGAUCCGCAGGCAGCAAACCCCUCCGCACCACCGAAGAAGUGCUGGAUGUUGUGCCACGUUUUCACCUCGGACGACGCUCAGGUCAUUGCACAGGCCAUCGGACAGGCAUUUGCUGUAGCCUACCAGCAGUUCCUGCAGACCAAUGGCAUGAAACCGGACGAGUAUGAUGACUUCCUCAGUACUCAGGAGCUGUACAAUGGAGACCUGGUCCACUUCUCCCGCUCUGAGAAUAUCAGAGAGGUGUGCAUUCGUAAGGCGAUAGGGGAGAUCCUGGGCCUGGCUGUGGUGGAGUCGGGCUGGGGCUCCAUCCUACCGACGGUGGUGGUGGCCAAUCUACUGCACGGAGGCCCGGCGGAGCGCAGCGGCGAGCUCAGCAUCGGAGACCGCAUCAUGUCUGUCAAUGGUACGAGCAUGGUGGGCCUGCCCAUUGCCACCUGCAACAAUAUCAUUCGGGAUCUGAAAAAUCAAGCUCAAGUGAAGCUCAGCAUCGUCCACUGCCCACCCGUGACCAUGGCGAUUAUAAAGCGUCCAGAUCCGAAGUAUCAGCUCGGUUUCAGUGUGGAGGAUGGCAUUAUCUGUAGUUUGAUGCGAGGUGGGAUUGCAGAGAGGGGAGGCAUCCGCGUGGGUCACCGUAUCAUCGAGAUCAAUGGGCAAAGUGUUGUGGCUACACCCCAUGAAAAGAUCAUCCAUAUCCUAACGAAUGCAGUCGGAGAGAUUCAUCUGAAGACUAUGCCAGCAUCUACGUACCGUCUGCUGACUGGGCAGGAGCAGCCUGUGUUUCUUUGAGAGAGGAAAGAGGAGAGCGAGAGAGAUUGAUGGAGUGAAACAGGCUUCACUCUCACAGGGGAAACAAAGAUGUCCUUUUGAGCACUCUUCAGCUGGCUGUGUCUCAGUCAUCUGCUGGAUUUGCUCCCCGAUAAUGAACUUCAGAGUGUUGCUUGUGCAUUCAUGAACCACUGCACGCGCAUAGAGUGCCACUGUAUAGCAGUAUUUUUCGACGAGCACCAACAAAACUAUGGAGUCAGUUGUAGUUUACAGAAAAUAUUUUAAUACAGAUUUUUUACAUGUAAGUAUCUGUACUGAAUUAGAGUACAGCAGAAAGGCUUAUUUAUUUUUAUGCAUAGAGGUAACUUAACUCAUUCACUGCAUGAAACACGUGUGUUGUGUCUUCCUUGUUGCUCUGUAGAGAGUAUGCCUUAGGUCUAUGCAAUUUAAGACAAGUCAUAUUUUUGGAAUGCGAAGUUGUUCUGUUUUUUCACUUUGUCAGACCCAUCAAGACACCUGGGAAACAUAGUGGACCCCUUGUCCUUCUAUAUUACACUAUCAUUGUGCCAUUUGUUUGUAGGCAUGGAAUAACAGCAUUCUCAGUCUCAAAUAAGGUUUUUCUGCUCACAAGUGCUCGUAAAGUUCUCCUUAACCCACUGUCAGUGCCUGUAUAAGCUCUGGUUCAGGUCUUCAGGCGCACAAAUAGUAAUACAUCUUUUAAUGACUGAAGACUAUUAAAAUUAACCCUCUCAUA